CGAUCAUAAACCACUUUCUCUCUGAUUUUUCACUUUUGAGAUUUUUGAUUCCACCCCUCAAGUCUCCAUCUUCUUGGUUGGUUUCUUCUCUCACAACAACAACACAAAUAUAUACAAAAACCAACCAAGAAGCAUGUGCAUCUCUAUUUUUGCAUGACUUCUCUCUCCCAUAUUCACCUUGCCAAUUUUUAAUUUUUUUUUUUUUUAAUAUAUGUUUUCUUCACUCACCUACAUGUGCUUAAUAAGAUUUUGUUGUUUCAACAUUAUUAGUUGGAGGCCUAAACAUUAAGUCAUGUUGUUAUGAUUAAUUUCAAGUUUAUACAUUUUUCUUCUUAAAGGAAGUUUUAGUUGGUUUAUUGAAGAUUGAAGAUUGAAGCAUCAACAACACCUUUUAAGUGGAAGUUUUUUUGGUACAAAUAAAUCAACAAGAGUUUCAUUCUUAAUAAUUAAUGUCGACAAAGGUGAAAGGCCUCCUUAAAGGACUUAGAUACAUUUCUCAAAUAUUUGAAGAAAAAGAAGAUGAAAUCCAAAUUGGGUUCCCAACCGAUGUAAAACAUGUAGCACAUAUUGGUUCAGAUGAUCCAUCAGCAAAUGCACCUAGCUGGAUGAAUGAGUACAAAGGAACAAACCCCUCAGGAAACUCUAAUGAGAAGGUUGAAGAAAAUAAGGUCAAGUCGCCGAAAGGGAAAUCAUCCAAGAGUCGGCAUCUAGUUCCAAAGUCAAGACACGAAUCAAUCGACACUGAGUCCAACACGGUCAAGAAGACCACGCGCCGCCACCAUCGAUCAUCAGACCCAUCUGCAGACGCCUCAACAAACGAUUCAUCAGGCGGUUCUCGACAUAGGCGACACCGUCGUAGUUCAAACAACGGCUCCGAGUCGCCGUCAACAGAUAUUCCACCAACGGGCACCAAAACCCAUCGGAGGAAAUCAAAGAAUUCUGAAGAUGGCUCAGUAAAAAAGCCAUCUUCAAGGAGAUCAUCCAAAGGGGAUUCAUUAACUGAUAUUUCCAUUUCAGAUUUCGGAUCUGGGUCUGUUCCCGAAAGUGAAAACGGACCCAAAUAGAGUUUUUAAAUAAAUUUUAAUUUAAAUUGGAGUGAGUAAGAGAUAAAGUAAUGCUCUUGUUAUUGUCAUCCUAAUAAUUAACCAUAAAUUGUUAGAGAGAGAAGAAGAGGAAGUAAAUGUUGUUUGCUUUCCAAGUUGUAAAUUACAUAUUUUUGAUGCAAUGUUUUAUAUGGGGUGUCACUUCAAUCCCUUUUCUUCACA